AUGGCCCUCGACGACGACGACUUCGGCUCCGCCGACGACCUCGACGACCUGCCCGAGGAAGCUGUCCGCGAGAUAGAAACCCAGGCCUAUGCCUCGACCCAGCAACGCCGUCUCUCCAAUGCGCCGUCUGCCGCGGAUGCGUAUGAGCACCAAGCCCCGCCACAGGCAGAUCCGCCGCCAUCCGAAUAUGACUUUCCUGACGCCAACGACAUACAGCUGGACGGCCAGCCUCUUCUCGCCAAAUUGCCCCAAACUAACGUCACCGGCCCGCCCCAGCGCUUCGGAGGAAAUACUGUCCGCAACAAUGCCAUCACGCGACGGACCGCCCAGGACCUGGCCGCCGACCGUCGCGAGCCCCUCUACGAGCAUCGUCUAAACAGACAUGCAAGGAACAGCAACUACGACCUUGCUGCGCCCUCUGUACAACAGUCACUCGCCGCCGACGACUGUGCCGACGCCAGCAUAGAGGAAUUGAGAACCAAGAUUGACGAGCUUCGAAAUGAGAUCGACAAUGCCACUCGCGCGAAGAAUGAAGCUCUGGCUCAGGUUCAGAGGAAGGCCGGCGAGGCUUCCAUUUUGCGCAUGAAGCUACAGAAGGCAGACAAGGAACACAUGAACGCGCUCGCUUCCAAGAAAAAGGCCAACACCGAAAGGGCCGCCGCUCUCGAGGCACAGAUCGCAGCGCUGAAGCGGGAACUCGACAAGACCAAGAGCGAGUACAAAUUCCUAGAGCAGGACUUCAAGACGGAGACCGGCAAGCCAAAGUCUCGGCGGAAUCUGAAAGAUGGUACUGUCAAUGGCAAUGCUAGAAAGGCCCAGGAAACUACGCCUAAGAGGACCCGGAGAGCUGAGUUCGGAGAUGGUUUCGAUGAUGGCGGUGUCAUGGAGGUGUCCCCCAGCAAAUCGCGGGACAAGUCAAGAAAUGGAACUCCCAAACAAGGCGCGAAACGGAAACGAAAUGCUCUUGAAGCAAGUCCGGCCAAGCCCCUCCCGCUCGCGGAGCCGCAGCCGCCCCAAGUGCCGGAAGAUGAUGGACUUGUUGCAAUGCAGGAUGUUGAACCUGAAGAUGAUCUUCUUGCGAACGUCAGCAAAACUGACAAGAAAUUCAAGUAUCACCCUUUGCAUAUCAUCCUCGACACCCUACAAUUCGUUCUCUCUUUCGAGUCGCUUGAGAAGACGGCGUCUUUGGCCGAAGAGAUCGUGCCGUUGGUUCAGUCUUCGGCAAGCCUCGUUGUCUGGACAUCCCUAGACAAUCCUGAACUCAAGCAACACAUCGACCUCCACGAGUGUCUUCGCCUCAUGAUUACCGUUUCUCGAAGCUGCAUACAUGACACCGAAGCCACGACGCGGUUCUGGUCCCUCGUCUCCCGUGACUUCAUCAGAGCCCUCUUGAAAUCCCCACUCCUCUCCACCCUCUCCCUCACCGUCCAGCUCCUCGCAACAAGCAUCACCCCCACAACCUUCGGCCCCAUCCCCGACUUCGACCCGGCGGAGCUGCCCUCCGACCGCAUCAAAGACAUCACCGUCACCGACCACCUGACGUCCCUCCUCCAGGACACGCCAUCCCUCGUCCCCUCGCAACAACCCGCGCGGUGGUCCUUCCGCCUCACGCUCCUGCACACCUUCGCGGCCUGUCUGCACUCACCCGCCGCGGCCGCGGCGCUGGCCACGCACAAGUACUUCCUGGGCCGCCUGCUGCUGCUGCUCAACGACGCCGUCGCGACGCUCUACGCGACGGCGCCGCGCACCCCGCUCGCCGCUACGCUAGCUGCCAUCGCCAACGUCGGCACCCGCGUCGCCUUCGUCCUCGCCACCGACCCCGCCACGCGCAAGCUCGUCGACCGUCCGGCUCGUCUCAAGGCUGUGCAGGGCGCUAACCAUGCGCAUUUGGUUGCGCUGACGCGGCUGGCGUUUAGUGACGUCGAUGAUGACGGCGAGGAGGAGGAGGAUGGUGGUGAGGGCGAUGAUGUGGGGGGAGUAGGGGGGUUCGGCAGCGCGAGAGUGCUGGAGGCGGGGAUCGAGGAGGAGGUCGUGGAUAUGGCGCAUCAGCUGCUCGACGAGUAUUUGAGUCCGCAGGAAGGAGAGGAGCUGGUGAGGGUUUUUAGUUCUGGGAGGUCGAUUGCGUGA